UGAGGCAACUAUGGUAAAAAUGGCAGCGUCUAGAUUUUAUUUUUGCAUGCAAAUAACGCGAACUACGGUUACAGUGAUCUAGUACUACGGUUCUUUCGGUACGAUCUGUACUCGAACCACCGUGGUGCAGGAUACAAAGAAGUGGAACUGGCCGCCACAGACAAACAACAAAAACCAUCUGUGUCCGGCUGCAGCCUCCCGAAAUGCGUGCAGUCAUCCAGCGAGUUCGAUCAGCAGCAGUCCACGUUGACGGACGCCUCAUAAGCAGCAUCGGCCGCGGGCUGUGCGUUUUAGUUGGCAUUCACCGUGAUGACACCGAAGAUGACAUCGAUUACAUCGUACGCAAGAUCCUCAAUCUCAAGCUGUUUGAUGACGACGCUGGCAAGCGAUGGAAGCUGUCGACGAAAGACCUACAGUUUGAAGUACUCUGUGUAAGCCAGUUUACGCUGUAUGGCACGCUCAAAGGAAACAAGCCUGACUUCCACCUUGCCAUGGAAGGGGACCGUUCGAAGCAGUUUUACGAGAGGUUCCUUCACAAGAUCAAGGCAGAGCACAAGGAGGACUUGGUAAAAGAUGGAGAGUUUGGAGCACUCAUGCAAGUGGAUAUUCAAAAUGACGGCCCUGUCACUCUGGAAAUUGAGUCAUCUGCUUUCCGGAAGGCCGUGCCAUUGCCACAGGAGCGUGGGGAACCGGAUGGCGGUGCUGCGGAUGAUGCAGUUCCUUGAUUGAACAAAAAAUAAUUUAAAGGACUGUUUGCAGUUCUACCCUUGCACUGCCAAUUACAUUAUGAAGAGCAGCCCAUGUGCGACACCAUUUGUGUCACAACUAAUGGCUCCGUGCCGUGUUCUUCCUCUGUUAGAGGGCACUCAAUGACUAUUCUACCCUGAAGUAGGCUGAAGGAGCUCAUAAUGAUAUAUGAAGAUGCAUCAUGUUAUCGCUUUUCAUGGUAAACUGGGCACCAUCGAGUGGGUAUUUAUGAAAAGCGUUUCCUAGUUGCACAAAUGGUUGGUGGUUGGGAAAAUUUUUCAUAUCUGUGUUAUGUGCAAAGCAGGAUGUAUAAACAAACCAUUGACACAUUGCAAUGUGUCAAGAUCUCAGCAGCUUAUGGCCCAAUCUGCCACCUACUUUGCACUAAUGUUUUCUUCUGAUUAAACAAUUGGUCGGCAGAUGUGCAGUGUUAUCUUUUUUUUUAAUAGAAGGCAGUAGAUUUUACCUAAAUAUUAUUACUUUGAGUUCACUAUUGGUGACAUGUAUGCAAACUUCAAAUUUUGAUGAAACCCACCACAGUGGAUGUGGCCUUCUUAUGAUGAGCAAAGGGUCACAAGUUAGAUUCCCAGUCAAAGCAGCUACAUUCCACUGGGAGUGGAGUGCAAGAACUCAUUAGUACCAAGCUUUGAGUGCAUGGUAAGAGCGUUACAAUUCCAACCAGCACUGUAGACAGUGUAUGUUAACAGCUAAAAAGACAGCUUUCAGCCCAAGUAAUGAAACACGCCUGGAACCAUCUGGGAGACAUCUCUGCAGUGAGGUGCUACUUUGCAUUUACAAGAAAAAAUCUGAAAAGCAUAUAUUUUUGCUGUAUUUGAACACUUUGGAAGUGCAAACUUAUGAAAAAUAUAGUGCACUUUACAUUAAAUGCAUAAAAAAGUGCGACUACUUUUUCUUGUGAGCAGAUAACCUUCUAUUGAGUUUCCAAACCAUCUUGUUUGGACAGCAAAGUAGCCUGCGUCAUUUUUGACUUCGUUCCUGUCUUUGCAAAGUUGUUUCUAUUGCCAGCUUCAUCAGAAUUGAAACGAGAUUUAAGAUGGCUGCUGUACGCAUAUCUCUCUAUUUAGCCGUCUAUCGCGAGUAUUGGAACACACUCUAAGAAACCCUGAUUAGCCAAAAUUUGUUCGAGAACCUCGACUGCGGUUUCUCUCAUAGCCCUAUGUUGUUUCAAGAUGCCUCCAUCUCUCAUUCAAAUUUGAAUCAGUACAUCAAACUUGGCAAUGUGGUUCUGUGAUAUUUGAGAUGAUUGUGUUUUAUGUUCUCACAUUAGGAAUGCAUAUGUCGUCUUGAACUUCAUUGGCAAGCUUGUUAUGCAGUUUUAUUAGAAUUAAAACAAUGGAAUUCUCA